AUGUGCUCAGCAGUCCUUCCAGUGGUGCCCCUCCUCCCGUCAGCCAUCCAGACGGCCUUCAGGAAUGCCCUCAAGGAGGCGGUCGACGAUCAGAAUGACGACGAAGAAGCCUUUGACUACCUCUACAAGCAAUUCAUCGACAGAGAGACCAGGCGCAUUAAGAAGGUCAGUCAGCCACCCUGCCGCAGCCAAACUCACCUGUCCUUCCCCCACGUAUGCCGGCCCCUCUGUCGGUCCGUCUGUGUCUAUGUGACUUUGCUGUGUGUGCAGGAGGCGGCCGAGCGGCAUCGUCUGGAAGCCGAGAAUGAGCGACUCCGGGAGGAGAUCGCCACACUCAAGAGCCAGGUACAGAAAUCAGACACACAGAAGAGCCAGCCACUUUUGAUCCUGAUGCAUGUGAUUCGUUCAGGAGUGCCGUGGCGCGGAUGGCCAGGGAGAGCACUAUCCGAAUGCAUCGCUCAUGCGGCGGGAUGGUGCUACACCAGUCUGUAUGGAUUUCGAGGUCAGUAAGCCAGCGAGAUGCAAGCAACGCUGAAGGAAGAUGAUGUCAGAUCCCACUUUUGACGAUGAUGCAUCUGCAGGACUUUCAGAGGCUUGCCCGUGAUGGCGUAUGCCCGCCGCCUCUCAUCCGGCAGCCAAUCAUCGCUCGAGAGGCAGGCCAGGAAGAACAGCCGCACUGAGCAGCCCCUGUGUGAGAGCAAUUGGGACGUGACUGCCUGACUCGCUGCCCGCUGAGUGACACGACACGCCGGAGUGGGUCAUAUGACCACCCCUCCUCUAUCUCUAUCUCACCGUGAGACUCUGUCUUCGGUGUUGUGUGUAUACGUUUGUCUGUCUGUAUCGAUCCCUCCGCUGGCACAUGCGGUGGAUGAUCGACCAAUGUGUUCAUACGUGCGUGGCGCGCGGCUGUGCAUGCGCCGAUGGAUGGAUGGAUGGUGGUCUGAUCCCUUCUGACAGUGCCUGCCUGCCCGAUAGAUAAGGCACAGACAGGGAUUUGGUGCUCGCCGUCCUCCAUCCUAUCCCCCUGCGACACUCUCUGUAUCUCGCCCAUGGCAUGGGAUGGAUGGCCGACAGUUUUGAAGACUCUCUCUCUCUCUUUUCUGCGUAUGUGAACGUGUGUGUGCAUACGAACGUCGUUCAUCUCAAUGGAAUGUCAGUC